CGUCUCCAGUCGUGCAGUCGCGGGUCGGGGUUCUUGGUCAUUGCCAGAACUGUUGACGCGCCAGGCCAUCCCACCUUCGCCUUCCCGCAAUUUCUCCAGCUGCCAUCCUGCUCGAGCUUCCAUUUCGGCAGAACAACAACUCCCUCAUUCGCAACCGGCGCCUCCUUCCCCGGCGUGUUUGCUUUCUCGAGCUUCGUCUACCAGAGACAGUCAGUCAGUGGAAGAGUCGAGCAGGAGGGAGGGGCUCGCAGGCGCACAUCGGCGCACAUCGGCUGUGCUGGUCAGGUCGAAGAAGCGGCCGCAAACAGACUCUGGCCUACACCGGGCUUUGGCGACAUUGACGGGCCGUCGCAUCCCCCGCCCCUGAAGAGAACUGCUGCAUCCGCCAUCAUGGCUUCAAACGGAGCUGCGGACAGCUUCGCCGUCCCCAACGUGCUGGCAGCCAUGCUGACCAUGCGCAGCGGGGACGCCGACAAGAAAAAGAUCGCGGUCGACUACCUGGGCCGCUUCCAGAAAUCUAACGAUGCCUGGACGACAACGAUAUCCAUCCUCCAGAACUCGACCGAGGCGGAAGCCCAGCUCUUCGCCGCCACGACGCUGAAGGGCAAGAUCACCUACGACCUUGCGACACAGGUUUCCGAGGGCGACUUGCCCGCCCUGCGCAGCCAGAUUUUGCUGUUGCUGAAGAAGUUCGCCGCGGGGCCGAAGCCCGUCCGGGUCCAGCUGUGCGUGUGCCUUGCCAUCCUGGCCAUCCAGAUGCAGACAUGGAAGGACGUGCUGCCCACCGUUGUCGCCGCGCUCGGGAACGACGUCGCCAGCCACGCCUGCAUCCUGGACUUCCUGCGCGUGCUUCCGGAGGAGGUUACGGAAGGCCGCAAGAUCAACUUGUCUGAAGAAGACCUCGCCCAGCGGACAUCAGAGCUGCUGGCCGACAACGCUGAGCAGGUGGUGCAGCUGCUCGUCAACUACGCACAGUCAUCACCUGCCGCGGCGACAAAUCCUCAACUCUUCGACUGCAUCAGCUCAUGGCUCCGCGAGGUACCGGUCAGCGUCAUCAUCAACUCCCCGUUAAUGGGCGCUGUGCUGCACGGCGUGACGGACGAAAAAUCCCUGCUGGCCGCCGCGGACUGCCUCGGCAUAAUCUGCAGGGAAACCAAGGACGUCGACGACAACUUGGAGACGAUUCAGGCCCUGCUCCCCCGGGUGCUUGAACUCAGGCCGCGCAUCCAGGCCUUGGUGGACGAGGAUGACACGGAGGGGUUCAAGGCCAUCACCAAGGUGUUCGCGGACGCUGGUGAAUCGUGGGUCUUGAUUAUCGCCCGCCAGCCCCAGCACUUCCUGCCCCUGGUCGAGUGCUUGCUGGAGUGCUGCGCAAGGGACAAGGAGCGGGACGUCAUCGGCUACACCUUUACGUUCUGGUACGAGCUGAAGCAGUAUCUGACGCUGGACCACUACAUGGAGGCCCGUGUGCAGCUCGUCGACGUCUACGCGAGGCUGGUCGACAUCCUGCUAAAGCAGCUCGAAUACCCGCAUUCCGACGAUCCGAACGAGCUUGAUCUCUUCGACGGCGACCGGGAGCAGGAAGAGAAGUUUCGCGAGUUCCGCCACCACAUGGGCGACACGCUCAAGGACGCUUGCGAGGUCAUGGGCGUGACCGCCUGCCUCACCAAGGUGCACGAUGCCAUCAAGCUCUGGCAGGAGAAGUACGGCAGCCAGGCGACGCCGACUUCGGUGCCCCAUUGGCAGUCGCUCGAGGCCCCCUUGUUCGCGAUGCGGGCGAUGGGCAGGAUGGUGGAAUCAGACGACAGCAGCGUGCUGCCCCAGAUCUUCCCCCUCCUGGUGCAGAUUCCCAUCAGCAACGAGAAGCUGCGUUUUGCCGCCAUCAUGGUCUUUGGCCGCUACACCGAGUGGACCGCAGCUCACCCCGAGUUCCUCGAAUCCCAAUUCCAGUACGUCGUGUCCUCCUUCCAGACCGACUCUCAAGAGAUCCUCCGCGCCGCCGCCCAGGCCUUCAUGUACUUCUGCGUCGACUGCAAGCAGCUUCUCGGCUCCCAGGUUCUUCAGCUUCAGGCCUUCUACGAUCAGAUUCUCGAUAAGCUGCCCGUCUCUAGCAAGGAGGAGAUCACGGAGGGGGUGGCCUAUGUGGUCGGCGUCCAAAAGGCUGAGGAUCUGUACAAGCUCCUGAAGCUCUACUGCGAUCCGCUGGUCCAGCGGUUAAUGGUCAAGGCGAACAACGCGGUCGAGAACAAGGCCAAGCUCGACCUUGCUGACCACAUCAAUCUCCUCACAUACUUCGUCCAGCACGUUGUGCCAUACUUACCGAACAACGCUGAGAACCCGGCGGUCAAGUACUGGCAAGAAGUCUUCCCCGUCCUGUCCACGAUCCUCGACAACUUCAUGGGCUUCGUCCCGAUCUGCGAGCGUAUCUGCCGCUGCUGGCGGUUCAUGGUCAUCUCGUACCGGACAGCCAUUACGCCUCUACUAGCGCCCCUCGCCAACAAACUGGCCGAGGGCUUCGCCCAGUCCAAGCAGGGCUGCUUCCUCUGGGCUACUAGCGCCAUCCUGCGUGAAUUCUCCGAAGACAGGGAGCACGUAGAAGAUGGCAUCACCCAAAACAUCUACGUAUUCUUCGAGGCGCAGGCGACGAACGUGCUUCGCACCAUGAGCGACCUGCCGCCCGUGGACCUCCCAGAUGUCAUCGAGGACUUCUACCGCCUCCUCAUCGACGCCCUCCUCUACUACCCGACGAGACUGAUCCCAUCCGCGCUGUUCACCCCGAUCUUCCAGGCCGCCAUCUCCGCCUUGGCCCUGGAGAAGCAGGAGCCUGUCUCGGCGGCGCUCCACUACAUCCGCGAUGUGCUCACGUACGGCGGCCCGAACCCCGCCGGGUCCGGCAGCGACCUCGGCCCGGCCGGCGCUCAGCUGCGCCAGAUCGUCAAGCAGCUCCUGCUCGCGCAGGGCGAGGCCCUGGUGAAACAGACGCUCGCCGGCAUGAUGAUCACGUUCCCGCGCGACUGCUUCGCCGACGGCAGCGGCGUGUUGCUGGGCAUGUUCGAGCUCCUGCCCGCCGAGACGACCCAGUGGGUCGACCGCACCAUCCGCAUGCUGCCGCAGGGCACCAUCACGCCCGCCGAGGCCGACCGCCUGCUCGCCAAGAUCAAGGACCGCCUGCACGGCGGCGACGCCGCCAACGUCCGCCAGAUCCGCGUGCUGCUGCAGGACUUUACCAACACCUACCGCCGCCGCUAUGUCGCGCCGCGCGACGGACUGGGACAGCUCGAGGCGGCGCGCUUCCGCUUCGAGGGCUAGAAUCCGGCGCUGCGGAGAGGAAGACGUCCUACGGUGCGGCAGGUGCUGGCCGCGUUGAAUCCGUGGGUGUGCUGACACCUGAAACUUGGAGUGGGGCUGAGAUGGUGCCCCGGGGCACUUCGAUCAUCGAUUAUUGGCGAGAUGAAGCCUAUCAAUCAUUAAG